CCCUGUCCAGACCAUGGACCCCGAGGUGUCUUUGUUGCUUCAGUGCCCCCGAGGUGGGCUGUUUGAAGAGCAGGUGCGAGUUGAACUGAGCCCAGCCUAUGAUCGUCGCCCACUGCCCGGUGGGGACGAGGCCAUCACUACUGUCUGGGAGAACCGACUACAGGCCCAGCCAUGGCUGUUUGAUGCCCCCAAAUUCCGCUUGCACUCGGCCACCUUGGCGCCCACAGGCUCUCCAGAACCACAGCUGCUCCUGCAUCUGGGCCUCACUUCCUACCGAGACUUCCUGGGCACCAACUGGGCCAGCUCAGCUGCCUGGCUGCGACAUCAAGGGGCUGUCGACUGGGGUGACAAACAGGCCUACCUGGCCGAUCCACUAGGGGUGGGCGCUGCGUUGGCCACUGCAGAUGACUUCCUUGUCUUCCUUCGACGAUCUCGGCAGGUGGCCGAGGCUCCUGGGAUGGUGGACGUGCCUGGUGGUCACCCUGAGCCUCAGACUCUGUGCCCUGGUCACAGCCCCCGGCAUGAGGACCUCCCUGGGGCGCUGGUGGUGCGUGAGCUCUUCUCCAGUGUCCUGCAGGAGAUCUGUGAUGAAGUGAACCUGCCUCCGCUCACCCUGAGCAAGCCCCUGCUGCUGGGCAUCGCCUGCAAUGAGACCAGCGCCGGCCGAGCGAGUGCUGAGUUCUUUGUGGAGUGUAGCCUGACUUCCGAGCAGGUGAGGAAUCACUACCUGAGUGGGGGACCCGAGGCCCACGAGUCCACAGGAAUUAUCUUUGUGGAAACACAGAGCGUCCGGAGGCUGCAGGAGGCCGAGAUCUGGACCGAGCUCUGUCCCUCAGCCAAAGGCGCCGUCCUCCUGUACAGCCGGCUCCAGGGCAGCGCCUGCGAGUCCCCGGCCCUAUCACCACAGCUCUGA